CAUGAUCUUACCGCAAGAGGCGCCACAAGUCGAUAACUGGCGGCACAUUUGAUUUGUUUUGAAGAAAAGGAAAAUGAAACACUUUAAGCAAGAUUAAAUAUUUAUCAGUAUUUUAAAUAAGGCAGAGUAACAAUCCCAAUAGACAAUUUAAGAAUUUCUUUAUUUGAAAAUCACAAUGCUGUCAUAUGGCAAGUUCAUCUUUAAGUGUAAUGGUUAGUUGUGCUGUGUCUGCACUAGAGUGCAACACAUCUAAUUACAAUAAUAAUACAAAUUAUCUAACCACGUCGAACAAAGUUGAAAACAAUCUUUAAGGAAGUCUAGUUCGUCAACAAUAUUCUACUUAACCUACACACAAAGUAAACUAAGAAGUUUUUGACAAUUAUGGCAAGGUAUUCUAGUGAAUCUGAUUCAGAUCAUAACAGUAGAUAUCGAAAAAGACGUGGUCGAAGAUCCAGAUCAUCUAGUUCUGACUCCAGUGACUCAUCGCUACAUAGGAGAAGAGGAUCUAAACAUUCAAAAACAAAGCGUAGACAUCGAUCGCACUCAAGGAGCAGAGGCAGAGAUAGAGAGCGCAGUCAAAAAAGUUAUAAAAGCUGUAGGAAUAGUAGUUCAAAAGGCAGAGAAAGACAUAGGUAUCGUUCCAAAUCAAGAUCCUUGGAUCGUUCGAAAAGGAAAGUAAGAUCUAUAUCAAGAGAGAAAUCAAGCAGUUGUUCAAGUAGUUCGCAAUCCAAUCUGAAAGCUACUGUGGCUGAAAAGUCUAAGAAUGUAGUAGUCAUAAAAGAUGACUUUCCAAUUGAACCACGUUUUAAGGAAGGUGUAUUAGAUGAAAUAAAUUCUGAAGGUUUUGCACCUAAGCAAUUUUCAUCGUCUAAUACAAAAGAAAAAAAGUUCAAGAAUAUUGUGAUAGAUAUUACGGCAGAUACAAUACAGGUUCCCACAGUAGCUGAUAUUCCUUGCGGAUCAGAAAGUAUUUUUCAUUCAUCGAUAAUGCUUGAUCAAGAAGCAAGGUUCGACAAAUGGGUGAAAAAAUUGUAUACACUUAGACAAAAAGCCAUAGCAGAUUUAACGCACUCAAAUAUUACUUGAUGAUAAUCUAGUUUUAUUAAAAGAUAAUUAUUAAUAAAUAUUAUUUCCUCGUUCGCAUGUAGUUAAAUUACAAGCAUGUAAUUUAAGAUUAAAAUAAAGCAUGAUAAUUUUUUAACUUGCCUCGGCGAAUGCCACGUGCAUAUUCAACGAUCUAUUAAUUAAUUAGUUGUUCUAAGUAAGCUAAGGACGCUUGACGAAGUGUAUUCACUGGAAGUGGUUCGCUUGCGAGUAAAUAACUUGUGUCGUAAAGGUGUGAGUGAAGAACUGAACACAUUAUGGCCUACCGCAGUAUUUAUUUAUGCGGACGUUCGUUUCUACAGCUACAUUUUAAACAUCAUCGAAAUAUACAUAGUACGGAUAAAUAGUAAAUAAAUACAAUAUCUUAACAAACGUUAAAAAUUAGCGAAAUAUUUGAUCAUGGUUGUGAACUGGUAGACAUAUCAAAGAUGCAAAAAAAAAAGAAGAAGAAGAAAAAUGCAAUUUUGUUCAAUGCAUACAGUAAUGGUACUUACGCAAUUGAAUAACGAACAUACGUGAAAGUAACCAAUAGGUGUAUGUAUGAGAUUCUUUUUAUACAUAUUGAAAGAACGCGUUAGUGAGACAGUCAAGUAACGCUGCAAUCGCUAAGUGAUUCGAACGAUGCCGUCGGUGUUACUGCGAAACGUACACAUAUAGUACACAUGCCACCGUGAUUGUAUGCAAUCAUAAUGUCCAACAGUAUCGUUCGUUCCUAAACAUCGACUGUGAGGUGUUCAUGUGUAUCGUAUAAAUAAAUUUUCCAUUUAUGCUAUAA